AUGACUGACAGAAGCACUGCAUUUCAUGGAAGUGAGUAUCUAGAGAUAACGCAUCAGGUUCUAAGAGUACAUAAGGGUGUCCCUCAAGGGGGUGUACUGAGCCCGCUCCUCUUCAGUCUCUACAUAAGCAGUGUUACGGACGGCAUACCAGAAGGGGUGACAGUUACGUUAUUCGCUGACGACAUAGCGGUCAUCUCACAAAAUAGUAAUUUACAUGAUCUCAGAUCACAACUCCAAAACGCGGUCAAUGUAAUUAAGAACAAUCUGGAAAGCAUAGGAUUUAACCUCUCAACAGAAAAAACGGAGCUGCUGUCCUUUGGGAGGUCUCCUCACAAACCGGUCCAAGCAGAUAUAACCCUGGGUGGACACACCAUAAAUUCCAGGCCGGUAGCAAAAUAUCUAGGAGUAAACAUAGACCAUAAAUUUAAAUUUAGGGAACAUGUACAGGCAGUACUUACCCAGUGUAACAAAACUCUAAACGUCAUCAAGUUUCUCAGGGGAACGUGGUGGGGUUGUGACCCUCAAUCGUUGAUAAUCAUUUAUAAAACUCUUAUUAGAUCUAGAAUAGAAUAUGGCAGUAUGUGGUACCUUCCCUCUGACAAUAGAUCCAGGGCUCAAUUGGAAGGUAUCCAAAUGGAGGCCUUAAGACUGGCGAUGGGGUAUAGAAGAUCCACCCCAACUAAUGUUAUUCUUGGUGAGACCAAACUUCUAAGUAUUAAGGAUCGCACUAGCUACCUGGGCUCCAGGUAUGUGUUGAAAGUACUUACAAAUGGAGCGAAUCCCUUUAUAAAAGUUUUGGCAGACUUCUGUGAGGUAUACAGGAACCAAGAGCAUAUUUCUAACCCUGAGAUAGAUAAGGACAGACCAUUGGUGCGGAUCAUCAAUUUAAUAGAAGAAUUCACUCCUCUCCUAGUAAGACUACCCAACCUAGGAAUCAACACAGCUGAAUAUGCUACACAAUACACUCAACCAAAAAUAGAAACAGAGUUCAUAUCCAAAUCAAGAAACACUCCAAACCCGAUGGAAAUCUUCCAGGAUACUAUACAUAAUAAAUAUCAAAAUCACAAAAUAAUUUACACAGAUGGGUCGAAAUUCGACAACUCUCCAUCGGUUGGCGCAGCAUGUGUUAUUCCUCAGGACAAUUACAUUGGUAAAAUCACCCUACCUAACCAAGCUUCGAUCUUCACUGCAGAAUGUAUAGCAUUGGAAUUGGCCACUGACUAUAUAAAUAGGUACCACCAACAUUCAUACGUGAUCUGUACAGACUCACUCAGCCUGGUACAAACUUUGUUCAACCCAGGUAUCGGUCCACAAACGAACAGGCACAUCAUCAAUAUUAAAAGCUCUCUUCGACAAUUCAAAGUUAAUGCACCAAACCAGGAAGUUGUAGUUAUGUGGGUACCGGCUCAUAGAGGGAUUGAAGGGAAUGAGCUGGCAGACAGGCAUGCCAAAGCUGCAGCACAAUCGAUAGUAAAACAACUAAGUCAGGUCCCAUAUACCGACGUUUUUCCCCUCCUUAAACAAAAGAUUAAGGAUAGCGCUGAUAUUGAGUUGACAAGGCAAGGCAGAUACAAAGGGACGAAAUACUUCAGGGAAUUUUAUGCAAAAUCUAAGGCACAGCCUUGGUUCCACAAUAAAAAUCUGUCAAGACACACAACGGUUUGGAUAAACAGGGCAAGAGCUAACCACUUUCACCUUAAGGCCUCUUUGGCAAGGGUUGGCAUGGCUCAAGAUACUAGGUGUCAAUGUGGCUACCCUAUGGAAGACAUUGACCACAUUCUCUGGGAUUGCACUCUGACACGUGAAUACAGGAAAGAAAUGUUACAACAGCUCAGAGCAAAAGGAGUGUCACCGCCAUUCUCAAUAGAUACUCUUCUAGUAACACCAAACAUUUCGGCCUUAAAAAUUAUUGAAGUUUUCUUAAUUAAAAACAGUUUGAAAUUGUGA